UUGACACUAUUAGUUUUGAGUUUGUUUGAAUUAGAAACCAAUUUCUCAGUCCAUUUCAUUUUCUGGCUGUCGUCCUUCCUCUGAAAUAGAGACAUCCCUGGCUGCUUUACUUUUGUAUGCAUAUCCCGUUUGUUACCUUGUACUGGGAAAGACAUGUUUAAUGGGCAUUUCGAACGCAUAUUCUCGACAAUGUUUCUCAUCAUUAGUAGUUUAUUUGUGCAUAUUGCAUUUUUAGUAUCAGUGGUUGAUAUUUAUUUCAAAUCGCCAAUAGUUCAUAACAUUAAACCACAGUCCAGUCCUCUAGAAGCUCCUGCACGCAGGCUUGUUUUAAUGGUUGCUGAUGGUUUACGUGCUGAUUCCUUUUUGGGGGCAGAUGAUUUAUUUAAAACGAAUGCCUCGCACCUGAGGCAUGUAAUUGAGGAGAGGGAAGCAUGGGGCGUCUCUCAUACCAGAGUACCAACAGAAUCGCGCCCUGGAUAUGUGACAUUAAUUGCUGGAUUAUAUGAGGACCCAUCUGCUAUAGCCAAGGGUUGGAAAGACAAUCCAGUGGAAUUUGACUCUGUUUUCAAUGAAAGUCGGUACACAUGGUCCUGGGGAAGUCCUGACAUACUUCCCAUGUUUGCCAAAGGUGCAAGUGGAAACCAUGUUUAUAUAGACAUGUAUGGCUCUGAAGUUGAAGAUUUCUCUGGAAGAAGAUCCACAACAAGGCUCGAUACAUGGGUGUUCAGGAAGGUUGAGGAAUUUCUGAACCAUGCCAAGACAGAUGCUGUUCUUAAUGAAAAACUUCAUCAAGAUAAAAUUGUAUUUUUCCUACAUCUUCUUGGACUUGAUACAGCUGGUCAUACACAUAAACCACAUUCAGUAGAAUACAAGGAGAACAUAAGAGUUGUUGAUGCAGGAAUCAAGAGAAUUGAGGAAAUGAUCGAAGAGUUUUAUCAACAUGACAAGAAGACAGCUUAUGUAUUCACAUCAGAUCAUGGCAUGACAGACUGGGGUUCCCAUGGAGCAGGUGAUAAGAGUGAGACAGAGACACCCUUGGUUGCCUGGGGUGCAGGUGUGAGAGGACCCCGACCAAGUACAAGCGCUGAACCUUCCAGUCCAGCUUCCUGGAGACUGGGACAUUUGUCUCGCAGUGAUGUCAGUCAGGCAGAUGUUGCACCACUAAUGGCAAGCCUGAUCGGAAUCCCCGUGCCAGUCAAUUCUGUGGGAACUCUUCCACGAGACUACCUGGAAGUCACGGAACAUCACCUGUCUGAAUUAAUGUUUUCCAAUGCGCGUCAGAUGGUUGCACAGUACAACAAGAAACGAGAGCUGACCGAGGCUGGAAGUUUAUCAUGGAUAUAUAAAGAAUUCUCAGUUCUGAACAGAAGCAAAGAGACCAAACUUACUGAUCAAAUCCGUUCUCACAUUAGAGCUAAAAGAUACACUGAAUCCGUAAGUACGUUUUUGUCAUUUUUAUUAACUCUUGCAUUUCUUGGUUGGAUUGCCUGGCUUCUUCACUCCCUAGUUGGUGAUGACAGCAGGCAUAAAAAGAGCCCUUCAUUUCUUCAUGUCCAACAUGAUGAAGUAUAUCAGGAGCAUGAGCUUUUGACCUUCACUCAUUCUAGAUUAUUCAGAGGGGGCUGCUGGGUGAACAUUGCCUUUUUGUUCCUAGUUAUUCUGACUAUGGCUCUGACUUGCAUACAAAUGUUACCCCUUCAAUUCUAUAUAUACUUUCUGCUUCCCGAGUUAAUCUGGUGGGCUGUAGCUCGACACUGGGCUGCACUUAUGGCAGCCAUAUCUCAUGUCAGGAGCUCAAUGGGUCUACGAAGGUUAUUGAUGUUCUUUGUCUUCCAUAUUAUAGGAAUUGAAGUACUUGUUGUGUCUUUCUUCUACCGUUCUUUUCUGAGUAUUGGGAUGCUGGGCAUAGCAGUUUGGCCCAUUGUCUUUCCGCUAGCCCAACCAGUUCAUUUGCCACUUCUCGCAGGCUGGUUGACCUCUUGUCUGUUUCUGGCAGUGUUUCCUCUGCUUCCUGUUGUAGGAAGAGAACCCAACACACAACUUGUGGCAUUGUCGGGUUGGCUGUUCCUGGUGUUAGCUGUUUAUUGUGCGUGGAGACUUAACACACAUACUCUCAACAGCAAGGACAGGUUUCACUCCUGUGUUCUGAUAAUCCAGCUCAUUAUGCUACCAACUGCAAUAUGGGACUUCGUCAGUACUGCAAACAGUAUAAAGAGCAAGCAGGGUCUCCCAUGGGUCAAUCAGAUUGUCUCCUGGUCAGUGCUUGGAAUGUCUUUAUUCCUGCCACUGCUCAGCUCACAGCGAGUCCUGUCACGUCUCUACAGUGUGUGUCUGUCCCUUGUUAUUUCGUUCCUUCUCCUGUCAGCAAGCCAUGAGGGCCUCUUCAUCUUAGCUCUCGUCCUCAAUAUGUUCUGCUGGCUCCUCCUUGAGCUGCACUCUGUGGACUCUUCGAAGAACAAGCUGCAUGACUUCACAUUCAGUCCAGCAGCUUAUAAGGGUUUUCAUCGCUCUCUGUCAUCGGAGGACUUCCGACGAGCAUAUUUCUUUUUGUUCUACAUUAUCGUCUCUUUCUUCGGGACUGGCAACAUUGCAAGCAUCAAUUCAUUUGAUCCAAAUUGGGUACGCUGCUUCGUGACGGUGUUUUCCCCCUUCAUCAUGACACUGCUAAUCCUGUGGAAGAUCAUGAUACCAUUUCUGGCUGUGACAUGUACUUACCGAGCUCUCAACAUUAUUGUGCAGGCACCAACAGGGAAGCUGUUUUUCAUUGUCCUGAUAUUCAGUGAUGCAAUGGGUCUUCAUUUCCUUCACUUGGUCACUAAUCGUGGAAGUUGGCUUGACAUUGGUACCUCAAUCAGUCAUUAUGUCAUUGUACAGACCACAGUGUUAUUCUUGGUUCUACUGUAUGGCCUAGCACGUGUUCUAACCAGCAUUUCACUCUGGCCACUACUGGAAGCAGAUGGACACUGUCACCUUCCGAGAUACAAGUAUGAGAAGCCUCGUGUCUCAUUGGAAUUGGGUGAGCCCCAGAAUAAAAAUAGUGUUACACAUGUAACAGAACAAAAGCAACAUACGGAAUAAUGUUGCUUCACUUAUAAUUCUUGAUUAUGUUUCAUUUCAUAUAAUAGUGUUUCCCAAUGAGUGGUCUGUGGCUAUAUUUAUACAUUCCUGAUAUUUUAGUUAAUAGUACCAUAGCAAGAAAACUACUGUUUUCAGGCUAGUGCUUUUGACACUACAGAAGAUUUCUGACAAUGUAAAUCAUUUCAUGUACCCUCAUACAUUAUGUUUAACUGCAUAUAUUCCUUGUGGGUGACUAUGAUGCAUCUUCAAUUUUAAUGCUGCAUAAAGGGUUAGUAUAAAUGGACAUAAUUAUAUAUUAGUAAUUUAGUUCUUACUGUACAAUGUAAGACAAUUAGUACAUUAAUCCUGGGUAAGUCCACUGGUGUCUUACUAAUCCGUAAUUCAGAAAGUUUUGGAAUCACUGCUGAAUAAGAUGCAGCUCACAGCAUGUAUAUAUUUAUAAUUUUUAUGACUUUAAUUUAUUACAUGAAUGUUGAUUUUUAAUUAAAAUUAAUUUAAUACGUUGGGGUCCCUGCAGUUAGGUGGGGGGCUGGCAUUUUUGUUGUGAUAUUACUAACUUCCAAAGAAGAUAUAAUUGUGUAUCAUAGAUCAAUUACAGAUUUUUCUGUCUUGCAUUUUCAUUAUCAUGCCUGUGAAUUGUAUGCACAGUGUAAUUUUCUUUGUGUGAUACCUUUCCAUUAAUGCACGAUGAACUAUAUCCUGUGCCGGUGAAAUUUGCUGUUCCCUGACAGUAUCAGGUUCUAUGCUUUACAUGUCCCUUCUCCAGAGCACAGUGGUAGCUGUAUGUACCACAUUUUAUAACAUCAAAGAAACUCUGUAUUGUACCCACACUAUGUAUUUAUGUGUUCCACGUAAUUCUCAGGGUAAACAGCGAAUAUUUCUCUAAUCAGCCUAAAGCAACUGUUGUUUGUAAUUGAGUUGCUUUAUGUUUUCUGUGGAGUAGGAGUUGAAUUUUUAUGUGUUAUUUAGGUGAAAUCAAGGCUUCAGAGGGCUAAAUUGCAGGCAAUUACAGUGCAUCUCAAGAAGCUCUCAGUUUUACUACACCCUACUAUGUUAUGACUAUUGAAAUUGAAACCACCCUUAACUUACUGCUCAUUCUUUUCCUGUUUCUUAUAUAUAUAUUGCCCUUUUGCCACCCCUUACUUCAUGUUGGUGCUGCAGCAUGAUUCAGUCAGCCCUGGCCUAGUCUGAAUAUACAGUUUUCUUCACUCUGUGCAGAUCCAUGAUACUGCAGGCUAGAUAUGUUGCUGACUGCAUUCUGGACCAGAUUUGAUUAUAUUUGUUGGAAGUGUGAAAAAUGUUUAAAGGACUCACACCCUAGAUUACUGAUCCUGGCAAGAAACUCUAAUACAUGUCAAAAGGCUAACUGGUAAUUUUUCAGGGUGAUCAGAGUAAGUGAAAAGAAGGAGUUUAACAGAGAUUUCAGUAUAUUAGACUUGAGGUUCUCAUGAGAGUAAAUAAUAUCAUGGUCUCCUGGGAGGCGGUGCCAUGUGAUCUUGAGGAUAGGUACCAGCAUUUUGAAGGAACCUGCUGCCCCCAUCUUCAGGGUCUCAAGAAUAAAAUUUAUACAUUGAGAAAGGAUGCAAUAGGUUUGCCCCAAACAUUUGUACAUGUUCUCCUCUGAAGGUUGAGGCAGUGUCUUCCUUUGAAAUAUUAGUACUUAGCUACCAAAGCACGUGGUGUUAUUUCGGAGGAGAAAGUUUGGUGUUUGAAUAACUGAAAUUUACAAAACAUGGAAAAGAAAAAUCUCAAAUACUGCUUACGAAUAUAUCACAGAUGAUAAUUUGUACCUUAUAAACAGUUUCAUGUAAUAUUGAGAUUAAAAAUUAGUCUCUACUGAGUUCUGAGAUAUAGUAGUUUGUAUUCAGGAGGUUCUGGGGUCAGUUCUUUAUAGUCAUCGGUAAUCAAAUACCGGUAAGCAGUGGCAACAUCUUUACACAUUCUGUUCACAGCCAUCUUCAUUGUAGUGCUAUAAAAUCUUAGCAAUUGACAAAGAAUUCAUAAAUAUGUACUAAAAAAAGGAAUUUUUAUGUUUUACACAGAUAUCAUUAAAUUCUAGUCCUCGAUAAGUAUUAUAUUGUAUAUCUGGAACCUGUGAUUGGAUGCUUGUUAAAUUUAUUAGUUUAAGUAACUUUAUCAUAUGUGUCUUGUAAAUGUGUGUAAUUCAUACUUAAUGCACGCUGUACAGGUGUCCCAUGAUGUAUCUGAUUUUCAUAUAGGUGAAUUUCAUAUGAAUAUUUUUUUUUUAAGAUUUCUUUAUUGAAGACUAAAAAGUAAUGUAAUUAUCUGUUUAAAUCAAAAGAAAGAAAAUUUGUGAAUGGCUAAAAUGCAUGGUUUAAAAUUAACUGAAUUACAUAUUUAUCAAUUGAAAUUAAGAGGUGAAUUAACCAAAGGAGUAACAGGAAUUUUGAAUUACACAACCUACACUUUUAGGGAUGCAACUUUCAUGUAGGUCUGAGGGAUACCUGUAAUUUAUAAAGAGUAAAUUGCCAAUAUUCUGUUUGCCUCAAAUGUGACACAAAUUAUUGACUGAAAUGAAAAUAUUAAGCUCUAUAUAGUGGAAAAAUCUGAUUUUAAUUUGUUGUGUAGAGUUUAAGAAAAUAUAUUGCCUGUUCCUGCAGUUUGAUAAGAUAAUUAAUAAAAAGUUGAUUUAAUUUGA